UGUUGAUUUGUUGUUUAUAAAAUACAAUGACCGACUGUUACAUGUGAUAGAACUGAAAUUAAUUGGUAAAAUGAGAAUAAAACAGCGUAAUUAAUUAGUAGAAUGUGAGGAGUCCGAUUGAAGAAUUCCACAUUAAUAUAUGUUAUCCUGUCGUUUAUGAGGCAUUGAUAAAACGAAUAUCACAUCAUGUUGUCAUAAAAGAAAUUACUUCGUUCAGAUGUGCCUUUGAUAUUUUUAUCAACUUUCAUCAACUAAAGGAAGACGAUAUAUUUAUAAGGAGCCUUCAUCCAUACAUCAACGUUUCUAUAUAAAUAUAAUCUAUGACAAACAACAGCGAAAUAUAUUUCUUGUCUUCACUGUCUGGAAUAUAGAGGAGGUGAUUGCCUUACAAGUUUGGAUAACUUUACAAACGAGUUGACAAUUUUCACCUGUUGAUUUAGGUACUAAGAUCACAGAUGAAAGAAACAUAGCAUUAAAUUAUUCCCUGAAAAUAGUGAUGCAAAUGGACACAAACAUAUUCAUAGAAAGGAAACAAACAGUAUUAUUGUGAUACAUAUGACAAAUUAUCCUGUCAUAAUGAAUAAUUUAACUGAACCUAAAAACUCUGAUACAAGAGAGAAACCAUAUCGUUGUGAUAUCUGUGGUAAAUCAUUUUCUUGUAAUAGUGACUUGACUAAACAUAAACGUGUUCAUACAGGAGAGAAGCCAUAUCAUUGUGAUAUCUGUGGUAAAUCAUUUUCUUGUAAUAGUGCAUUGACUGAACAUAAACGUAUUCAUACAGGAGAGAAGCCAUAUCGUUGUCAUAUCUGUGGCAAAUCAUUUUCUUGUAAUAGUAGCUUGACUGUCCAUAAACGUGUUCAUACAGGAGAGAAGCCAUAUCAUUGUGAUAUCUGUGGUAAAUCAUUUUCUUGUAAUAGUGACUUGACUAAACAUAAACGUAUUCAUACAGGAGAGAAGCCAUAUCGUUGUGAUAUCUGUGGCAAAUCAUUUUCUCACAAUAGUACCUUAACAGCACACAAACGUGUUCAUACAGGAGAGAAGCCAUAUCGUUGUGAUGUCUGUGGUAAAUCAUUUUUUUGUAAGAGUGACUUGACUGUCCAUAAGCGUAUUCAUACAGGAGAGAAGCUAUAUCAUUGUGAUGUCUGUGGUAAAUCAUUUUCUUGUAAUAGUGAUUUGAUAAAACAUAAACGUAUUCAUACAAGAUAGAAACCACA